AUGGGUAUCGCUAUCACUUGUUCAAAAAGCACAGAGGUAUGCAGCGGGGCCGCCAAAGGCCAUGGCAGCUUCAGUGUGGAGAUUUUGGGCGAGACAGUUGUCCGCUCAAAGGAGGCGCUGGAGCUGGGAGUCGCUAGUGUGGAGGUGUUGUGCGAACUUGUUGUGCGCGCAAAGGAGGCCCUAGGCAAGGUGCUCUUGGCGUCUAGGCGAGACAUUGUCGUUGGGCAGGACGCGGUUGGGCGCUACUAG